CCGGUGGCCCUUCUCUGCUUCUGACCACCUCAGCCGUUGCUUUUGUGAUCCUUGAGAGCAAAGCAACGAAAGGCCGGUCUGAAACCUCAUCUGCACCCGUGCCCCGGCCAGAGCUGACUCCCGCAAUCCUGUGGAGCACAACCGGAGAGCCUGGAGGAUGCAAACCCCAUGCUACCUCACCUCAGCCCCACCCCACAGGCAUGGUGCUGCCCCAGCUAGCAGCCCGAGGAUCCCUGAGGGAAGCAGGGAUACCCAUAGGGUCACCACAAGCUCCAGGGUGUGCGGUUGGGUACCCUAGUGAGCAUCCCCACCCCAAACCCACCACCCAGAACGGCUCCUCUCCCAUGCAGGACUGGAGGGGGGACAGGCUGGAAGCCCACGGGUCUGGGAUGCAAGCACUAGACAGAACACAGCCCCACGGUAGCCCGCGCCCCACCAGGCGACCCCCGCGCUGUAUCCGGGGCGCCUUAUAGCGAGCCGGUGGCGGCGGCACCGCCCGACCCGCGCUGUAUGCAAAUCACCCCCCGUGGCGCAGCCAAUGGGGAGGCGGGGGGGCGUGGCCACGGCGGGACUUGCCCGGGCAUGUGAGCUCGGCGGCUUCCGGGAGAGACACGUGGGAGCCGGGCGGACGGCGCAGGGAUGCCACCUGGCAAAGGGCAGAUGACCCCGCUGCUGCCCACCCUGCAGGUCUCCGCACCCACCCCGCAGAGCACCCAUGGCCCCGCUGCAGGGACCCACGCUCAGCCCCCAGAGGGUCCCAGCAAGAAGAAGAGCCGCAAGCACCAGCGGUUCAUGGAGCGCCGGGCACUGCUGGAGCAGAAGGGGCUGCUGAGCCCCCACCGGCGCCUGGGUAGCCAAGCCCCCGUGGCGGGGCCGGAGGCAGGCAGCACGCUCACCAAGACGGGUGGCACCACAGCACCAUGUGGCAGGAAGAUCCCCAAGCCCAAACAAGUCGUCUCCCCAUCCCUGUCCCCAUCCGCCUCUCCGGACAGCAUAGCCAGGCAUCACUCCGUGCUGCUGUCCCAGGGGAAUGGCAGCUCCAAGGGGGUGCGGAUGUCCUCCCCGCUUCUGCGCCCAUGCAAGUACGUGGCCAUCGACUGUGAGAUGGUGGGCACUGGUCCUCAGGGCAGGCUGAGCGAGCUGGCACGGUGCUCCGUGGUGAACUACGAGGGGGAUGUCAUCUAUGACAAGUACAUCCUGCCCGAGCUCCCCAUCGUGGACUACCGGACACGCUGGAGUGGCAUUACCAAGCAGCACAUGAAGAGCGCGAUUCCCUUCAAGGCUGCUCAGGCGGAGAUCCUGAAGAUCUUGAAAGACAAGAUUGUGGUAGGACAUGCCAUCCACAAUGACUUCCAAGCCCUGAAGUACUUCCACCCGAAAGACAGGACCCGAGACACCAGCCGGAUCCCUGUGCUGAACCAAAGGGCAGGGCUGCCCGUCAGGGCCAGCGUCUCCCUUAAAAGCUUGGCCAGGCACCUACUCCAGAAAAAGAUCCAGGUUGGCUGCAAAGGGCACUCGUCGGUGGAGGAUGCUCAGACGGCCAUGGAGCUGUACAGACUGGUGGAAGUGCAGUGGGAGACGGAGCUGGCCCAUAGCCUACCCCCCCGGCCCCCCAGCCCUGUCAUAGACCCCACCACAGACAGCAGCCACUACAUGGAUGACCGGUACUGGCCCACGGACUUGAUGUCAAGCAGCCUGUGACGGGGGACAACGUCUCCUCCACGUGUUUCAGACUAUCCUGAUGCCUCCAGCUAUCAAAGGUGGAGGUGGCUGCCAACCUCCUUCCCUGAGGCUUGUGCCCCACAUCCUCUGGGUGCCCCAGCAUGCAGAGGAGUCAGACACCCCCAGCCCCUCUUAAGGACAGAGAAAUGGUGGCACUUGGACACUGGCAAUGUCCUGAAAACGCUGUCUGCGGCCUCUUACUGUCACACAGAAAUAAAUGCCGUGGCUGCGCCGUGUUCAUCUGUCACUUGGUGCUUGGGGGCGUGCGGGGUCCUGGUGCCAGCCUGGAGAAGCCGCUGUGGGCGUGCGAUGGCUGUGGCGGUGGGCCAUGGCUGCCAGGGCACCUCCGGUAUCCUCUGGGAAGGGGGUUACCCCCAUGGUGGGUGAGUGGCAAGUCUCCUCGUGGGAGGACCGAGGUGUCCUGCUGAUGCCCAAAGGCUGCAAACCAUCCAGGGCCAGUUGAGCAGUUUCCUCCUCGCUUUGUUUGCACAGGGAAGCUGAAAAGAAAGUCUGUGUCUAAUCAAUGUCCAGCCUGGACAAGAGCAUAGGAUGCACUUCAUUUUAAAUAGACUACAUGCAUAUUUGUCCAAU